UGGACGCGCGCGGCAAUGGCGGCUGCCGAGGAAGUUUUGGAGUCCUUGGUGAUGGGUCUGUACGACGUGCAGGCUUUCAAAUUUGGGGACUUUGUGCUCAAGAGCGGGAUCUCAUCCCCCAUCUACAUCGAUCUGCGGGGCAUCGUGUCUCGACCGCGUCUUCUGAGUCAGGUUGCAGAUAUUUUAUUCCAAACUGCCCAAAAUUCAAGGAUCAGUUUUGACACGGUGUGUGGAGUACCUUACACAGCUUUGCCAAUGGCUACAGUCAUCUGUUCAACAAAACAAAUUCCAAUGCUUGUUAGAAGGAAAGAAACAAAGGAUUAUGGUACUAAGCGUCUUGUAGAAGGAGCUAUUAAUCCUGGAGAAACCUGCUUAAUCAUUGAGGAUGUCGUCACCAGUGGAUCUAGUGUUUUGGAAACUGUUGAGGUUCUUCAAAAGGAGGGCUUGAAGGUCACUGAUGCUAUAGUGCUAUUGGAUAGAGAGCAGGGAGGCAAGGACAAGUUGCAGGAGCAUGGGAUCCGUCUCCACUCAGUGUGUACAUUGUCCAAAAUGCUGGAAAUUCUUGAGCAGCAGAAGAAAAUUGAUGCUGAGAUGGUUGGAAGAGUGAAGAAAUUUAUUCAGGAAAAUGUUUUUGUGCCAACUAAUCAUAAUGGUUCUCUCCUUUCUGUAAAGAAAGCACCCAAAGAGCUCAGCUUUGGUGCACGUGCAGAGCUGCCCAGGAUCCACCCAGUUGCAUCAAAGCUUCUCAGGCUUAUGCAAAAGAAAGAGAGCAAUCUGUGUCUGUCUGCUGAUGUUUCAGAGGCCAGAGAGCUGUUGCAGCUAGCAGAUACUUUAGGACCCAGCAUCUGCAUGCUCAAGACUCAUGUAGAUAUUUUGAAUGAUUUUACUCUGGACGUGAUGGAGGAGUUGACAACUCUGGCAAAACGCCAUGAGUUCUUAAUAUUUGAAGACCGGAAAUUUGCAGAUAUAGGAAACACAGUAAAAAAGCAAUAUGAGGGUGGUAUCUUUAAAAUAGCUUCCUGGGCAGAUCUAGUGAAUGCUCACGUGGUACCAGGCUCAGGAGUUGUGAAAGGCUUGCAAGAAGUAGGCUUGCCAUUGCAUCGGGGGUGCCUGCUUGUUGCAGAAAUGAGCUCUGCUGGCUCCCUGGCCACAGGGGACUACACUAAAGCAGCGGUUAGAAUGGCUGAGGAGCACUCUGAAUUUGUGGUUGGUUUUAUUUGUGGCUCUCAAGUAAGCACGAAACCAGAAUUUCUUCACUUGACUCCAGGAGUUCAGUUAGAAGCAGGAGGGGAUAGUCUUGGCCAACAGUAUAACAGCCCACAAGAAGUUAUCGGCAAACGAGGUUCUGAUAUCAUCAUUGUAGGCCGGGGCAUAAUCUCAGCAGCUGAUCGUCUGGAAGCAGCAGAGAUGUACAGAAAGGCUGCUUGGGGAGCUUAUUUGGAUAGACUUGGUGUUUGAGUGCCUUGGACGCAUUUUUGUGAAGAUCUUGAAGAUAGUGGCCGCUUGAAAGUCAAUGGCUUAAAGCAACCAGCAGCUUUUACUCCCGCUUUCAUUCUCCCACAGGGCCUGUGGGGGGGUGGCUUCUGGCAUUCGUAUAGUCUUUAGCAGAUACUGAGUAGAUUGUAAUCAUUGCACUGUUACCAUAAUAAGUGUAUUUUCAGAUUUGUUUUUAUUAAAAUGAGUGUUUGUAAGGCUCAA